AUGGACGCCAUCCGUGUAACCAAGGUCCAGAAUGUCCUCUGCUGCAAAGGGGGCAAGGUCGGCUCGGGCUCGCUCCACCUGACCGCGCACCAUCUCAUAUUCCGAUACGAGGAUGAAGGCGAGGAGGAGAUGGAGAGUGUGGCGGUGGAUGUGUUCGAGAGCGUGAAGGAGCUCACGGUUAUCACCUCCGUCGAGCAGCUCUACGCGUUCUUCUACACCCCCAACCCGCCCUUCCCAACGAACAACGGGUGGACGCUCUACUCGCCGCGCGAGGAGUUCGGGCGCAUGGGCGUCGGCAGCCGCUCGAAGGCGUGGCGCUUCACGGAGCUCAACCGGGACUACAGCUUCUGCCCGACGUACCCCGCGCGCCUCGUCGUGCCGACGAAGAUCAGCGACGCGACGCUGCAGUAUGCGGGCAAGUAUAGGAGCAAGGCGCGGAUCCCGACGUUGACGUAUCUGCAUUGGGCGAAUUUUGGCAGCAUCACCCGCUCGAGCCAGCCGAUGGUCGGGCUCACGCAGAGCCGCUCGGUGCAGGACGAGAAGCUCGUCGAGGCGACCUUCCAGUCGCACUGGGCGCCCGAGUCGCGCGUGGCGGCGGGGCCCGUGUACGGCGCGACGACGACGAACCUGAUCGUGGACGCGCGCCCGACGACGAACGCGAUGGCGAACACGGCCAAGGGCGCGGGCUCGGAGAACAUGGACCACUACAAGGACGCGCGCAAGGCGUACCUCGGCAUCGACCACAUCCACACGAUGCGCGACUCGCUCGCGAAGGUCGUCGAGGCGCUGCGCGAGACGGACGUGCUCGCGGCGAGCGUCAGCGGGGAUUUGCCCGGGGAGCGCGAGCCGCUUGCGAUUCUGGAUCGGCAGGCGCUGAGAAGGAGCGGGUGGUUGAGGCAUAUUUCGGCGAUUAUGGAGGGGACGCUGUUGAUCGUGCGCAACGUGCAUGUGAACUCGUCGCAUGUGCUGAUACACUGCUCGGACGGGUGGGACCGCACGUCGCAGCUGUCGGCUCUUGCGCAGCUGUGCUUGGACCCGUUCUACAGGACGAUGAGAGGGUUCGAGAUACUCGUGGAGAAGGACUGGGUGUCGUUUGGCCACAAGUUCUUGGACCGGUGCGGCCAUUUAUCGUCGGAGAAGUUCUUUGUGGCCCCCGUGGAGAAUACCGGUGCGGGUGGGGGUGCGGAGGCUGCCCAAGCGUUCUUUGCGUCGGUGCAGAAGCGGUUCGCUUCGCAGGCUGAUAUCAAGGAGACCAGUCCCGUUUUUCACCAAUUCCUGGAGGCCGUUCGGCAGAUCCAGCGACAGUUCCCGGAGCGGUUCGAGUUCAACGAGCGGUUCCUCCGACAGCUGCACUAUCACCUGUAUUCAUGCCAGUUUGGGACUUUUCUCUUCAACUCUGAACGCGAACGACGCGUCGGGGAUGGUGGGCUGCCGCCUUGCGAGCGCACCGUCAGUGUCUGGGAUUUCUUCAACUCGCCAGAGGAGAGGGAGAAGAACCUCAAUCCGGACUACGAUCCAACGCUGGAUGAUCCAUCGAAAGCCGACAUGGGCGUCUUGUUCCCUAAUCCUAAAGAUGUCCGGUUCUGGUACCAGCUGUAUGGACGCACAGACGAAGAGAUGAAUGGCAGAGUCGUAACGAGCCAAGCGCGUGGAGUGGAGAUGCUGGGUCCGAUAGAGACAUCCGACGAAGACCCUGCUUCUAUAACCCCUGCUGCUGUUUCUUUACCGCCAUCACCCGCUGGUACACCUGCGCCUAUUCUUCCUUCGUCUCAACCACCAGGCUCAACGUCCGAACUAAUCAGCCAGUCAGCACCCCAGGCUGCAGUGCCGUCGCCUUUGUCAUCAUCACUCCCUGAGUUGUCGCAAAUGACACUCAACGAAGCAAGUGCGGCUUCAGGAUCUUCUUCGGAAUUCUCAAUGCGUACUACUGGUGCGCCUCAGCGAGUGCCUUCACCGAAUCCAAGGCGAGCGCCUACAUCUCCUCGACGCCCACCUGACUGGGCUGGUGGUGUCCGGUCCGUCUGGGGCAAACUCUCAUCAAAUGCUACUGCAGCCUUGACAGCCGUGCAGGGCGCGUAUGAUGGCGUGGCGAGAGAUCUUAGCAAGUCUCUCGCGGCAUCCACCGAUGAUGGCGAGUCAGGUGUGAAUGCAGGAGAACUCAAGAGUCGAGACCAGCUGAACAGUCCCUGGGGUGAAGAUUCAUCCCCCUCGACCUCACGCGCUCCGUCGUCUUAUACCGUUGCUUCGUCCAAUCCUUGGGAUACCGCAAGAGAUAAACCCACGAUGCCCUCCCUUUUCCUCGACAAUCCGUGGAACACUGGACGGUCUCAGUCCCCAUCUCACGCGCCCCUCCUCAAGGAAGUACCAUUCGGGGCUACACCUUCUGGACUUCCUCACGAUCCCACAGUUUCCCACCCGAAGCCAAUUGACCCUGGGCGGUCCUCGAUAUUGGGUUUGCCUAAAGAGGUUUCUCCCCCCGUCCCGGUCACACAAACGUCCUCUGCCAAUGAUUCUCCCAGCAAGGCCACCCAAACCGAUCGCUCACAACCCACGCCUCCAGCCGAGCGUCGACCAGAAAAUAUUGAUCCACUGGGUGUUGGGAUUCUGUAGCACAUAGUGUUCUUAUUUCCUUCAAUGCCCUGCGGUUG